CUUCUGUCUUCAGGAUCAGAGCUUCCCCAGGACCUCAGUGUACUUGCCGCCACCUCGUGGAACGCCACAGAAGGGGCAUUUAUCCGGCUCGAAGCUCCCAUGAACAACAUAACAACGUCGCUGGGUCAAACAGCAGAGCUUAUUUGCCGUGUGUCCGGGAACCCGCAGCCUGUCGUGCGUUGGCUGAAAAACGACGCCCCAGUGGUGCAGGAGCCAAGGCGGGUCUCCUACCGGUCCAUGUCGUACGGAUCACGCCUGCGAAUUCGCAACCUGGACACCACAGACACAGGCUACUUCCAGUGCGUUGCGACCAACGUGCAUGGUACCGUUUCCACAACAGGGGUUCUGUUUGUCAAAUUUGAUCCACUCCCUACACCUCUAUCAGGACGGCCAACGGUGGAUCUGAAUGAAGAUGGAUUCUGCCAGCCGUACAGAGGCAUAGCCUGCGCUCGUUUCAUCGGAAACCGCACCAUCUACGUCGAUUCCCUGCAGAUGCAGGGGGAGAUUGAGACUCAGAUCACAGCUGCCUUCACCAUGAUUGGAACUUCCAAUCAUUUGUCGGAUCGUUGCUCCCAGUUUGCCAUCCCCUCCCUUUGCCACUUUGCCUUCCCAACAUGUGACCGCACCUCAGGCAUUGACAAACCUCGGGACCUUUGUAAGGACGAAUGUGAGAUCCUAGAGAAUGAUUUAUGCAAGACGGAGUACAUCAUUGCCCGCUCCAACCCCAUCAUACUGAAAAGCCUAAAACUGCCAAAUUGUGACGAGCUAGCUGCCUUCGACAGCCCAAAGGCAGCCAACUGUUUAAGGAUUGGAAUUCCCAUGGCUGAACCCAUUAACAAGAGUCACAAGUGUUACAACAACACUGGGGUAGAUUACAGAGGGACAGUGAGCGUGACCAAAUCGGGCCGUCAGUGUCAGCCGUGGAACUCGCAGUAUCCUCACAGCCACACCUUCCUGGCUGUCCGCUACACAGAGCUGAACGGGGGCCACUCUUACUGCCGCAACCCGGGGGGAACCCAAGAUGCCCCCUGGUGCUUCACGCUGGAUGACGCUGUCCCCAUGGAGCUCUGCGACAUUCCAAUCUGUGACCAUAAAGAUAAGUCAGGUGGCAGCAUAGAUAUCCUCAAGAUUUUAGUUCCCAGUGUGUCGAUCCCGUUGGCCAUAGUUUUGCUUUUCUUCUUCAUCUGCGUGUGCCGCAACAACCAGAAGUCUUCCAGGCCCCCAGCUGCUCGUCCACCGAAACCAGUCCGAGGUCAAAACGUUGAGAUGUCUAUGCUCACGACUGCCUACAAACCAAAGAGUAAAGCCAAAGAGCUUCCCCUGUCAGCGGUGCGUUUCAUGGAGGAGCUUGGGGAAUGCACGUUGGGGAAGAUCUACAAGGGUCAUCUGUACCUGCCAGGCAUGGACCAGGCACAGCUGGUGGCCAUUAAGACUCUGAAGGAUAUUUCCACCGCCCAGCACUGGACAGACUUCCAACAGGAGGCCACCGUGCUGACGGACCUUCAGCACCCAAACGUGGUCUGUUUGCUAGGUGUGGUUACCCAGGAGCAGCCAGCCUGCAUGCUGUUCGAGUUUCUGCCACAAGGGGACCUCCACGAGUUUCUGAUCAUGCGUUCGCCGCACUCUGACGUCGGCUGCAGCAGUGACGAGGACGGCACUGUAAAAUCCAGCCUGGAUCAUGGAGACUUUCUGCAUAUGGCCAUACAGGUUUCUGCAGGGAUGGAAUAUCUAGCCAGUCACUUCUACAUCCAUAAAGACCUCGCAGCCAGGAACAUUUUAGUCGGUGAGCAGCUCCAUGUGAAGAUUUCUGACCUGGGUCUCUCCAGAGAGAUCUACUCCUCCGACUACUACUGCAUCCGGCCCAAGACUCUGCUGCCCAUCCGCUGGAUGCCCCCUGAGGCCAUCGCCUACGGGAAGUUCACCACGGACUCGGACAUCUGGUCGUUUGGGGUGGUGCUGUGGGAGCUCUUCAGCUACGGCCUGCAGCCCUACUACGGCUUCUCCAACCAGGAAGUGAUGGAGAUGGUGAGAAAGAGGCAGCUGCUGCCCUGCCCUGAGGAUUGCCCACCAAGGUUUUAUGGUUUGAUGACGGAAUGCUGGCAGGAAGGACCCACACGACGACCACGCUUCAAAGACAUCCACAGCCGCCUGCGAGCGUGGGAGGGGCUGUCUUCCCAUGCCAGCUCCAGCACGCCCUCUGGUGGAGGAGGCAAUGCCACCACCCAGACAACCUCGCUCAGCGCCAGUCCCGUCAGCAACCUCAGCAACCCCCGCUUUGCCACCGCCGCCGGGUACCUCUACCCCGCCCAGGCCAUCCCUGCACCGGGACAGAUGGGUCCGAUUCCGGCCUGGACGCCGAUGGCUGUGCCCCAAACCCAUCAGCGCUUCAUCCCCGUCAAUGGAUACCCCAUCCCACCGGGGUACGCAGCCUUCCCAGCUCACUUUGCAGCUCCGGCUCCGCCCACUAGAGUAAUCCAGCACCACCUGCCGCCUCCUAAGAGCCGCUCGCCCAGCAGUGCCAGCGGCUCCACCAGCACGGGUCACGUCAGCGGGGUGCCUUCCACCACGGGCUCCAACCACGAGGCCAACACGCCGCUGCUGUCUCACUGCGUCAUGCCGGGAAACGGCGGAGGGCAGGGCCAGGUUUACGGACAAGUUUCCCAAAAAGGGGUGACGCAGAUUGACCACGGUUCGCAAACUGCAGCUCUACUCACUCCGGACUCUGACAUGCUGAUGUACAAUGACUCGGUCAUCACCGCAGACCUGUAAACAGGCAGAGGUAUGUUCACUCUCUUCCCAUACAUGAGAAGCUCUGCCUCUCAGCCAGGGAGCGGGAAUCACAGUUCAUCUUUGGUCAAAGUGAGACCAGGCAGAUGCAGACUUGUACACACUGCUGGUUGUGCAGAAACAAAAAAAACAAAACAAACAAAAAACUUUGCUGCAACUGCAUAAGUAUUGCAAACAGAUGUCCGACUUUCCUUACUGUUUAAUGUGUACUUAUUAUCAUGGCUUAACAAUGUUACUAUGGUAAUCUCUGUAAAUACAGUACAUAAAAGUGUUGUGUGAAUGAUGAAAAUACGUAUAAAUAUAUAUUCAAAAGAACUUUUUAAGACGAGCAGUGUGAUGGUAAAACAAGAAAAAGUAGCAAGUCCACCCUGCAUCCGUUUAAACAGAUUUUAUUUGACCGUGGCAGUGAGUCUCUGUCUCUCUUAAUGGACUGUUUCAUACAGAGACAUGAACAUUCUUGAGACUUCCUUUGGGUGCCUUGCAGCUACGCUCCUGAAUACACAUACCAACUCAAGAAAUAAAAUGGUUAGUCAAGCAAGACCGACUGUUGGCUUCCAGUGAGAAGAUCAACAUGCUGGUUUCCUACUCCACCCUUUGGAUUCAGGACUCAAGUGUGUCUGGUUCUGUGCCUUCCUGAGAGCUGGCAGUUCUGCAGUGAAAUUUAGAUGGCAUCCACUGGGAUGGAGCUCAUGUUUUAUUGUCAAGGCCUUUCAACAAAAUCACAGAGGGCAUCCCAUUUAAUAACAUAUCCUAGAAAAUGACAGCUGAAUGUUUUCUUUUGUUUUAGUUUGUUUAUCUGCAUUUUCAGCAUGAAUGACACUUUCUCUUUGUAAAAAAAAAAAAAAAAAACAUCUUCCCCUCUGCUUAAACUGACCUCAGAGUUGCUCAAAACAAAGAAGUUUGUUGCAUCAGGAUCCAGAUAACAUGCAUCCUUUACAUAGCUAGCAAUUUUGUUGUUGGAUAUAGAUUUAAAGGAGGUAGUUUAGUUUUUUUUAAGAAAGCCAUUUUUGUCAUUUGAUUGUAGUCAGAGUCAUCGUAGUUUGGAGAAUUAGAAAGAAAUUCUCAUGGAGGAGUCAAACUUCCAGCUAAUCAAAAUGGGAGCCAUACUGGUCUGAAUUUCAACAAUCUAAACUCAAUUAUAACAUUUUUGCAAUUGAUCCAAGACACGUUUUUUUUUUUUUUAUGACGUUGCUGUUUUCUCAACCACAAAAACACUUUAUCAGCCUCAGUCAAAUUAAAUUGUAGUUGUGGGAAAAAAAUGUUAAGAGAAUGUUUAGGACAGGAUAGAGAGAGAGAGAAGAUCUAUUAGCAACUCUUGGUGGACUAAUUUCAACAGCAAUGGGAUCGUUUAGCAGGCACAGUAGCAGUUAGUGUAAUGCAGCUACACAUUCAAAUUAUAUAAAUCAAAUUACAUUUUUUGUUAGGAAAAUCUGAGAUGUAAAAAGACUUUAAGAAAAGAAACUUUUGAAAGUGGUGAUUGUUGAAUUAGGUGUAAUUGUAUUUGGCAAAGGGCAGUUUGCUUUCCAAAUGCUUUAUACUGCUUUGUGUUUUGACCAGUUGGAAAAAAUUGUUUUUUGUUGGGGGUUUUUUGUACUAUUUCUCCCAAGUUGGCAAAAGUUGGUGAAGUGAAAACAAUCUUGAAGAAAAAACGACAACAGUUUUAGACCAAAAAAACAACAACAACAACUAGCUUUUAUUGUAGUUUUACAUUUUAUUCAUAAGGAAUGUCUUUGGUAUUUCUGAGGGGAUUUACUUUUAGAAAUCGUUGCAAAAUCUCCCAUUGAACUAAAAAAGGGGAAAAAAAAUGACAUAGUCACAGCCAUUUUCCUCGAUGUCCCACUUUCACAGGAGUUUGUCUUCAAUCUCCUAUGAGAGCAUACAAGUUGUCUUAUGUUGGAUGUUUUCUGUUAACUUACCUCCUUAAUGAGAUUUUGUUUUUCUGUUUUAUCAAAAUUGAGAUUUCUUUGACCACAUUAAAUAACUUUGAAAACUAAACUAUCCCUUUAAACUCUUAUUCCAACACAGCCAUUUAGAUAUUCCUUUUACUGAACAUGUUUUGAUGCCUUAUUUUAAAAAAGUAAAUCAUUGCUUUCCAGACUGUAAUUGUGCUUCUUCACUAUUAUUUUUUACGUUUUGAGACAGGAAUUAUCAUCCAGGAUUGAAAUGUUGGAAGUUGAAUUGUAAAACACAAAGUGCCUCUACCAGAUGACGUCACUUAGUAACAUUUUAGGGUCUGCUGUUUAUGUGUGAGAAACGAUAGUGUUGGAUGUCAUCAUGUGUUUGAGAGGGGUUUUCUGGCUCUGAAAGAUUUUUUUCAUUGAUUACAUUCAUGCACCACAUUCUGUUAAUCUAGCAUUUAGUGUUUUGGCAUGCAGGGUAACAAGUAAGUGACCCAGGAAUCGCUGUGGUGGAAAAACAAAUCAUUUCAAAUAUGUCAAGUUUUCUCCACAUCUGUAUUUAUUUUCAAUGUAUUGAAAAAUGGCUUAGAUUCUCUCUGAUAUUUUUUUCCAAAAUGAAGAAGUGUGUUGUGUAAAUGGUGAACUCUGUCCUCUCUUUUUGUUGGGUGGUAAUGUCAAUUAAUUACUAAAUAUGAAGCCUUUGUUGAAUUUUUUUAGGGCUUAUGAUACCUUGAGAAGAAGUUUAUCAUUGAUUUUACUGUCAAAAAUCUGUAUGUUCAGACAGAUACACUCAGCUGUGUGUGUGCGCAAAUGUGUGUGUCAGACUAUCAGUCAGCUGCGCUUGAGAGUUUUAAGUGCAGCACAGGAUUUUUUACUAACAAAAUAACAUUUAUAUUAAUGCAGAUGAUAAAUAUUAUUCUGUAUUUACUUCGAGGUUUAUUCGAUCCAUUCAGUGUCCUCUUACUUCUUUAACUAUUUCUACAUUAUGAAUUUCAAUAAGAAACAACUGAAUUAACUGUCCAUAAAAGCAUUUUCCACGUUUUGGAAAUUUUUAAUGUUUUGAAGUACAAUUUUAUCUCUGUCUAAGAAGUCUGUCUUCUUUUUGUUUUUAUUUUGUUUCUGUUUUGUUUCUAAAGUAGACGGAGCUACCUAAACCUGAGUUUGUUCACUUCCACCACGUAACGGAUGUGUGAGUGCAAAAACCACUUGUACACAAGACUGUGAAUCUUUAUCAAGUCUAUUUUUGUUUUGUUUCGUUGGCGAAACCAUCAUAAAUCUGCCUUUUUAUUUUUGUCAUUUACUUCCAAGAACCAACACAGAUUCAUAUUCAAAUAAGGUUUACUCGCAUAUUGACCAAGCUAAGCCUUAUCUUUGUAAUUUGUCUGAAUAUUUUUGCACAGGUGUUUUUGUAUUGCAAAAAUCAUUAUUAUUAUUAAAUGAUGUUGGUUAAAGUUC